CCCUUCCUCCAGUCCCCGAUUGGUCUCGGCGUCGAUUGCUAGAGCGAUCUGUACUGCACUCUUGUGGCAGUUGAGAAGAGGAUUCGCAAGAGCCGCGGAGUGCUUUGUCCUAUUUAGUGGACGCCAGAUCCAAUAGAGAAGGAAGUGAGGAAGAAGAUAGGAGGGUCGCCGUGAAUCGUAUCGCUUCUCCUGGGAAUCUACGCGGCGACGGAUCAACGUGACGUAUGUACACGCGCGCGAUGACGAGGGAGUGAGAUAUGCGCAUGGAAAGAGCGGCGGCGGCGUCGCGACGGAUCAACGUGAGCCGCCGUAAUAAAAGUGACAUCUCUUGACGUUUCUCCCCUCACCGUCGACGAAGAGCGCGCGAACGUGCGUUUGUCGCCGUCGCUUGCGCGCCGGCGAUGCCGAUUCUCGGCCGCUAUUACUCGCCGCGACGGCAACACGGCGACGCGGUGAUACGGCGAUCGGCGGCUCCUCGACCCCGCGGAUGAUCGUCGGCGGCGAGCGUUCUCGCGUGCGGAGCGAUCUGUCGCACGGUGGAUCGCCGGAUCGUUCCUGAGAGCACCACACAGCUGUACGCACAUGAAAUGGGUAGCGCUUGGUGGCAGUGUGCUGCGUGUCUGAGAACCCAGGAAGAGGACAUUUGCGAGCUGCAACUGAAUCACUGUAAUCUCUAUGAUGUACCACCCGAUGUGUUCAUUUACGAAAGAACAUUGGAAAAGUUGUAUCUCGAUGCCAAUAGAAUAAAAGAUCUUCCCAGGCCGUUAUUCCAAUGCCACGAGUUGAGAGUGCUCUCGCUUAGCGAUAAUGAGAUUGCUACAUUACCACCCGCCAUAGCGUCAUUAAUCAACUUGGAAUACUUGGAUCUCAGUAAAAACAGUAUAAAGGAUUUACCAGACAGUAUCAAAGAAUGCAAGAGUCUUCGCUCCAUAGAUAUCAGUGUCAACCCUUUCGACCGUUUUCCGGACGCUAUAACGCAUAUCGUUGGUUUGCGCGAACUUUACAUAAAUGACGCGUACAUAGAAUAUUUGCCGGCUAACUUUGGACGACUGUCAGCCUUGAAGACGCUCGAGCUGCGGGAGAACAACAUGAUGACGUUGCCUAAGAGUAUGAGUCGUCUCGUCAACUUGCAGAGGCUCGAUAUCGGCAACAAUGAUUUCACAGAGCUGCCUGAGGUUGUUGGGGAUCUCAUCAAUCUUACGGAGUUAUGGAUCGAUGGCAACGACAUCAGGCGUGUCCCGGUGAACGUCGAGCAGCUCUAUCGCUUGAAUCACUUCGACUGCACGAUGAACGCGAUACACACACUCCCGUUGGAGAUACGCGGCUGGCGUGACAUCGCGAUCAUGAAUCUGUCCUCGAACGAGAUGUACGAGCUGCCCGAUACCUUGUGUUACCUGCACACGAUCGUCACCCUCAAGAUUGACGACAAUCAAUUGAACGCACUGCCGAACGACAUCGGCCAGAUGUCGAGCUUAGAGGAGCUUAUAAUCACUAAGAACUUUCUCGAGUACUUGCCAUCUUCGAUAGGCUUGCUGCGUAAGCUGCACUGUCUCAACGCGGACAAUAAUUAUCUGCGCGCGUUGCCGGCUGAGAUUGGCAGCUGCACAGCGUUGUCCCUGCUCUCCUUGCGAUCGAACAAUCUGACACGCGUGCCGCCUGAGCUCGGCCAUCUGUCUUCGUUGCGGGUGCUUAAUCUCGUCAACAAUUGCAUCAAGUUUCUACCGGUCUCCAUGCUCAAUCUGAGCAACCUGAAGGCAUUGUGGUUGAGCGACAAUCAGAGUCAACCAUUAGUGCCACUGCAGCAAGAGUUCAAUUGUGAAGAGGACAUGAUGGUGCUGAGCUGUUUCAUGCUGCCCCAGAAACCACGGCAGGAUUUGGAGCAAAUGGCGCAGACCACGGGACCGAUUCCGAGUUCAAUCAUCGGAACCGGCAAGAGGAUAUGUUUCGCUGCUGAAGUAGAUUCCGAAGUCCCCAGGCAACUCCAUCGAGCACCAACCCCUUACCCUAAGGAGCUACGCAACCUCGCUAGGCACGCUCGUAAUCUGCAUCAUCAGUCCACUCACGAUACUCAAAGAAGCACGCCUUCGUCUACAACCUCUAUCGAUCGUAACACGGCGAAAAACUACAAUAAGAACAACAGACCGGUUGAACCCGGAACGGCGGAGCACUCGGUGUCCGAGGAAUCGUCAGAUGAAGCGAACAAGACCGUGUUGGCAAAGGAGAAGAGCCCGGAUAUUCGGGAGGCCAAGUACAUUCGCAAUCCCACGUCCGAUUACAUUGCGAAAACGCCAACGGUAUCCGACUACGUGAACUCCACGUGGAAACCGGACGAGUACUCCAAAGCGAACACAGCAAAGAUAGUCGAGUCCGACAAAUUUAUCGAGCCUUACAAGGCAGUGUCCAUCGACACAACGGACGGCAAGCAAGCGCGGAUAAACGUUGUGCCGAAAUCGUGCGACGUUCCGCUAGCUCCGCCGCCAUAUCACAUCGCGGCAGCGUUCUCCAAGAAGGCCGCUCUUUUCCAACAAUUUAAUAAUCCGAUCGAAGCGGACCCACAUCCACUUUCGUUACCUUUUAACUCGUCGCUAAAUUCGGCCGAGAUGCUUCCAGAUGUAUUGAAACAGAAAAACUUUGAUACGAACGCGGACUUGAUAAAGGCCGAGGAAUACAUAGUACCGAGUGAUCUGACGAAUCCCGUUAAUUUAAACGCGUCGAUAGAUAACGGACGGAUGGAUCUUCUCGACCGAAUCACCGCAGACCAAACUUGCACGCCGAAUCUGGAUUCCGGACCCGAUUCCGAACAGAAUGAUCGGGCCUUCAAACCAAGCAAAAUUCCCGUUCUCAAAACGAAGCAUGUAGAAAAUUCGAAUAACGACGCGAACUCGGUCAAGGCUCUCCCGGAGGAAUAUGAUGCGAACAGAACGUUAAAUGCGGUUUACUCCGGUAUACCUACGUCGCCGAUCACUGGAAAGAAAUAUCGGAGCCCCUUAUCGGCGCCGGCGAAAGCGCUUGAUCGAUCGAGGAAACUGCAGAACGGGAACGUCACGAACAACAAUUCAUGCGAUAACGUUAAUUUAGCCGAGACGCCGGAUGUCGAUCGAGCGAACCUCGUCGCUCCCGUUCAAAUGAGCAGAAGCAUCAUCGAUGAAUCCAGCGUCGCGUCUCUUGCUGUCACUGUCGUUAAGAGCGAAAUAAACUCGGGCCGAGACACGCCGAAUCUCAAUACGGGUAAUAAAUCUCAGGGCGACAUGAGCAACGUCGAGAGCAAUGAACACGCGAGUCCUGCGUUGAGUGAAACGUCUAGUUCGGAGAGGAAGCCGAAGUUCAAAUGGAUGUUCGGUCCUCACAAAAACGCAAAUGUGCUGCCUGUUCAAAUAAAGAAAAAUCCAGGUCUCGGCUUCAGCAUAGCUGGCGGAGUAGCGGGUGCAGAGACCGGAAUAAUCGUGACCAAGGUGAAUCCCGACGGGCCAGCUCAGGGUACUCUUCGACCGGGAGAUAAGAUCUUGGAGGUAGACGGUAUCGAUUUCACCAAAUCUGAUCACAAUAAUGCUGUCGCCGUUCUACGUGCCACCGGUGCUGUUGUUUCUAUGAUGAUAAGUCGCCACCAAUGAUUGUUGGAGAACUUUGCCACCGUGACGCCGUCGAGAACACGAUGAUCCGCGGACCAGCUGACCG